GCGAGCCGCUAAACUUCAGUUCCCGUGCGUACUCCCACAAAAUCUCAGGUGGCUUGUGUUCCGUUGGGUGUAGCGAGAGGUUUGUCAGCGCUCCUCGCAGCCUCUGAAGCGAGAGCCCCGAGAGCAAAAUUUUCAGCGUUUACGCCGGAGUGUCGCCCAGGCCUGCGGCCGGGCGCUGCCGGGGGGGCUCCGCUGGCAGCAGCGUGCCUCUCCCCGCUCUGCCCCUGCCGCCUGCUGUUCUGCCAUCAAAAUCCCGAUUUCUGUUAGUCCGUAAGCGUGCGAAUAAGAUCGUCUGCAGUCUUCAUUAGUCUGCCUGUCAAUAAAUAACGUCUGAUUAAUUGACUGCAGGACAACCGAAGCGCCCAGCCGAACUUUUCUUGCUUUCUCAGAACUACAGGAGCUGUGGAAGUGUCAGUCCGAAGUCCAGUUGCCUGCUGGUUUAGUGCUAUGCUUAAUUGCUUUGGUGGUUCAGUUUUGUCUUCAUUGAUGCUUGCAGAACCUCCAAUAGCAUUUCUGGCAAAGGGCACAAAUAUUCUACUGGCGUCUUCAGUCUGGUAUCUUGUGUUUUACUGCCCACAAGACAUAUUCUACCGAUGUUUUGCCUUUCUGCCUGUUCGGCUUCUGGUUGCAGGAAUGAAAGAAGUGACGAGGACUUGGAAGAUAACAGCUGGCGUUGCACAUGCAGACAGUCACUUCAGGGACGCCUGGCUUGUCAUGGUAGCUGUGGGCUGGGCCAGAGGAGCUGGUGGUGGUCUAAUUUCCAACUUUGAGCAGCUGGUGAGAGGAGUGUGGAAACCUGAAACCAAUGAACUACUGAAGAUGUCCUACCCUGUGAAGGUAACUUUGAUAGGAGCGAUCCUUUUCACCCUGCAACACAGCCAGUACUUGCCAAUGGCAAGACACAACCUCAUGUUUUUAUACACUGUGUUUCUUGUCGUCUGCAAGGUAACAAUGAUGUUGACGAGAUCUGCGACUUCUCCAUUUGCUCCCUUUGAGGCUGCAUUAGGCCAUAUGUUCUUUGGCUUGCAAAAGACACCAUCCAAAGUGAAGGGUGAAGGUGCUGCAUCUUCCAAUGGCUCUUCAGUCUGUGACCGGUCUUCUUCUGAACAGCACCGUGAUGGUGCUAAGAAAAGACAGGCAAAGAAAACAGAAUAAGUGGCUUAAAAUCCUCGCUGGCCAUAACCUUUGAAGAUGUUUGUAUUUCAGAUUAGGCUGGCUGAGAAAUUUGUUUAAAGAAAUGUAUGUCAGGAGAGAGCAGGGCUGUAUACUACUGUGGUGUUGUUCGCCUUCGGAAUGUGUUUUGUAAGCUACUUUCAGAUGUCUAAAUGUACAUGUUGGAUUUGUAAGUUAAAAACUACAGAUUUUUAUAGUGGCUUUAAGUUUACUAAAUUUUGUAUUUAUGAUAACUUUAAAUGCUUAUAUGCUAAAAAGAUAGUUUUGAAGUGUGACAAUCAGCUUUGAUAUUUUUUCUGCCACCUGUUUUGCCUCUUUCUACCCUGCCCCCCGGAAUUCUUAAGUUUCAUUUGGAUAGCAUGGAUUUGUACUGCCAAGUGUUUACAGCAGUGUGUCCCAAAUAAGAAAGCCAUCACCUGAGUAAGGCUUAAUCACAUUGCACUCUAAAACCUUGAAAAUGUACCAAGCUAAUGCCUUUAACUAUAAAAAUAACUGAAUUACUGUUGUAAUUCACAUUGCACUGGUCUAGAUUUUCUUGAUUUACUUAAGUAAAUAUUU